CCUAAGCUAUCCCAGACAGCACAGUGUUGUUAGCGUGGAGCUAAAACUAAACAGUUUGUACAAAUGUCGAAAAGGCAAACGCUAAGAGCUUUGGUAAGUGAGCGGCUGACUGUAGCGGCUGAAGAAAUAUUUGGCCUGUUUGAAAGAACGAUAGCGGAGUAUGAGGAGGAACUGUGUCGCUCCAAAGAGGAGAUCCAGAGGAAACAGGAGCUACUGGACUCGGUUCUGAGCCCGAGAGUCGUGCUUCUCAGCGCGGGGUUUCAGCUCGUCUCAGCAAGUAACACUCAGACACCACAAAUGAAAGAAGAGCCAGAGGAGAAGAGUGUCACACAGGAGAGAGAGCAGCUCCAUGUGCCCGUCCCAGAGUCCUACGCUGACUGUGUGAAAACAGAGGAGUCCUCACUGCUUCAGCAGACACAACCUGAGCUCAGAGAGAAGACACACAGAGAGGACAUCAGCUCAGAGCUGCACUUAUAUUUAGAGACUGAGAGAGACACAGUGGAGCACUUCUCUGACACUGAGAAUGAUGAAUAUUGGAGUCCUCCAUUCAGCUGUCCAACUGCACAGAUGGAAACAGAGGCUGUUGGAGAUCACUACAGCCAAGCAGGCAGAGGCACAGCUGCACAGAGCCUGUGGCUGCCCUUCAGAGACAGUACUGCACCAGGGACAAGUUCCACUGUAAACAAUCCAGUCUCCAUGCCCGAAGAUCUGAUCGCCGAAGUCCCCGCAUUCGACUGCCGCCUGUCGACAUGA